UGUUACCUGCGCCAACAAGAGUGGCAAAAUUGAGUAUUUUGACCCAUCUCAGGCUCAUUUAUGAACGGCCUCUCGGCAUACACCUGCUUCCGAGAAAAAGACAGACGACAGGGGGAAGCUUUGGCCGUUAAAAAAUUCAGUUUUUCUGUUCGUCCGACGAAAAGAUUUCACUCGAACUCUAGGUGUUGUUAAUCGCUGCUCAACAUAGUUGCUGUACCCUAGCAAUGGGUGGAUCGGAAUCAAUUCUCUCCAGCUCACAGAGGCCAAUCGAUGAGAUCACUACUGUUUCCGAGCGUGUAGAAGGCGUUGAUCCUAUUUUGGAGAGGCUAAAAUCUCUCAAAAUUGCUGCUCCAAUACUGAAAUCGCUGCCGGCUGAGAGUAGCCUGACUGACAUUCUGGUGAGAAAACCAUCGUCCUCUUCGAAUAAAGGCUGUGUAGAUCCAAAAGUUCUACUUGAGCUCUUCUCUGUAUAUCGCCAGUGGCAAGAGGAGAAGGCCCAGAAGAUCUGUAAAAGACAGGAAGAAAUAGAAAACAAAAUAGAAGUUGCAGAUGCAUUGGCUGUUAAGCUGCUUCAACGUUUCAAUUACUCUGUUUCUGCAAUGAAAACAACCUCACAGCAUCUAUCAGAAGUACAUGGUUUGCAGGUUGAACUUGGGGAGUUAAAAGGGAGGUUGACAGAAGUAAUCAGUAAUUGUGAUGCACUGUGCAAGAGGAUUGCUGCAGAGGGACCUGAAUCACUUCGAUCAUCUAUCAAACCACUUACAGCAGCUUCCUCUGAUACAGGAAGCAAUUGCAGUAGCAUACAUACUACUCUGCAAGCUGAAGCAGAUGAAAGGCAAUAGUGCGAAGGCUGGGUUGGAGCUUAUAAAAUGUCUCUAUCCCUGGUGUACAUAACUUGUUUAAGCAUCAUGAUCCAUAGUUGUAUCUUUUGUCCAACUGACUGGUAGUUCAAGCACACUCAGGAAAUUAAUUACACAGGAAACAUAGUCAGGGAAUUUAAUUGUAUUGGAAGCACGUGGAUCUACUUCUCAACUGGUAUUGACUGUUCAUUCAUUGACACUUGAAAUAUUAAGAUUCAUUGCCUUGAUGCUUUA